CGUAUCGCAAAUUAAGAUAUUCCUAGACUCAAGUUAGGCUGCAGACUGUUACAUUUGUUAGGCCUAGAGAUCUAUUAUUAGUUUAUUAGGACAGUUAAUUUUUUGUUUUUAUUUUUCGCCACGUUGAAGCUAAUUAGAAUUUGUCGACGACCUAAUAGAAAGAGCACUCGGUUGGUCAGUUGUAGAUCUGCAUCGCAUCUAAUCUAGCUGAUCUAGAAAUCUAGGUUUAGAAUUAGAUUCUAGCUAGAAGAUAUCAGCAUUCUUAAUUCUAGCUUAGCUAGAUCUAGACUAGAUAUCUACAUUAAAAUUCACAUUACAAUCUAGAUUCUAGAUCUAGAUUUAGAUCUAGUCUAGAUAAGAAAAAGAUCUAAAUAAUUUUUUAAAUAAAGUACUCACUAGUCUAACUACUAACUUAGUAACUAAGUUACUAAGUCUAAGUAGUAAAGUAUUAUUAAAUUAAUUAAACAAUGGCAUCAAAUAAUAAUGUGAUGAUUGGUCCUGAAAAGCUGCCUUUGAAAGUUCAUGGCCAUGCAUCAUUAGCAGCCAUGCAGUUUGUUGCAGGAGGGUGUGCAGGCUUUAUCGAAGUUUCUAUAAUGCAUCCCCUUGACCUUGUUAAAACAAGAUUCCAAAUUCAGAGGGGCCCAGAUGAUCCCAACAGAUACACAUCAAUUGUUGACUGUUUCCGUAAAAUGUACAGACAAGAAGGUGCCUUGUCUUUCUAUAAAGGAAUUUUACCACCGCUGCUGGCCGAAACACCAAAACGGGCUGUGAAGUUUUUUACAUUUGAGCGCUACAAAUCCUUGUUUACUUAUGGAGAUUACUUGUCACAGCCAUUAGUACUGGCACUUGCUGGGCUGGCAGCUGGAUUAACUGAGGCUGUUGUCAUCAACCCAUUUGAGGUUGUCAAAGUCAAACUACAGGCAGAGAGAAGCAAGUUUAAUGAGCAAUCAGGCACAAUAAAAACAGCCAAAGAAAUAGUUGCCAAAGAUGGUUUUGGUUUGAAAGGAUUAAACAAAGGUCUCACUGCCACACUAGGUCGGCAUGGUGUCUUCAAUAUGAUGUAUUUUGGUUUCUACCACAAUGUCAAAGAUCUUAUACCAGAAUACAAGGAUCCCACUGCAGAUUUUUUCCGCAGAUUUUUGAUUGGCUUGGCUGCGGGAACACUGUCUUCAAUCAUAAACAUUCCAUUUGAUGUGGCCAAGAGUAGAAUCCAAGGGCCACAACCUGUACCAGGACAAAUCAAAUACAAGAGUUGCUUCCAGACCAUGGCUCUUGUCUAUAGAGAGGAAGGGUAUUUUGCUUUGUACAAAGGAUUAUUGCCCAAAGUACUACGAUUAGGACCAGGUGGCGCCAUUAUGCUUCUAGUGUAUGAAUAUGUUUUUGAUUACCUUAAAAAAAUUUUGUAGGUAAAAAAAAGUAAGCAAAAGUCUGUUGAAUCACUUAUGUUGAAUAUAACCAGAUUUACAGAACAGGGUUUAACUAGCACAAAGUCCACUCUUGUGUUUAGAAGGUUCAUAUAUGCUUUAUUGGAUUUUCUUUGUGACAUUUUUUCUUUUUUGAAAUUGAAAUACUGUAAGUUAAGAUUUGAUACCGGUAAUUGUUAAGCAAUUUUUUUGUAAUAAUCAUUAUUUGUGAAGUGCUUUUUAUUAUUUUAAAUUUAAUAAUUUCAGUCAAUAAAACAGUUAAAAUAACUUUUUUUGGUCAGGUUACUUAAAAAAGAAAGAAUUUAAUUUUAGCAAACCAAUUUUCUAUGCAAAAAAACAACAAAAGAUAGCUUUUUUUUUGUAUUGCGUAAUUACUAUUUAUAGCAAAUCCUGAUGUUAAAAUAUUUUUGUAUGUUGCACUACUGCAGUUCUUGAUGCAUUAUUAAAAAAGCAAUGUUUAAAUCUUGCCUUGGGGGAUUGGGUGCUAUCAUACUGCCAUCUUUUUAGUUGUGGGAUAAAUGUACCAAACUGUCCAAGCACCUUUGGUCUUAUUUUUUCCAGAGGUCUGCCUACAUUUUAUCUAGUCUAUUUAUAGAGCAUCUUACCAUUCUGUGCCAGAUAAAUUUAUGUGUAUAAUUAUAUAUUAAAACUGAGGUUCAUGUUGAGAAUGCCUUAUUGACCAAGAUAAACUUUUAUAUCUCCACUGUACCAUACAAGUAAUUUUAGAAUGGGCUUUAACAGGAUGAAACAGUAGCUGGGUUUUAAUUAAAAUUUUAAUAGAAAAUGUAUAUUUUUUUAUUAGUUGAAAAAAUGAUUUACCAUCAUUUCAAUAUUGAUGAUUUUUUGGACAGGCAUAUUCCAACUUUUAUUAUUUCUAUAAAAUAAGUGGCCAUUAUAAAGUCUUUUAUUUUUUGUUUGGUUUUUUUAAUGUAGAUGUAACCAUUAAUGUCAUUAAUUCACUGCAAAUGAUUUUAUAGGUAGGCCUAUGCGGUCUUUUAGUCUUCUUUGUGAAACAUAAUAGAGUUAGAAAAGCAUGCUGUUUUGUAUUUUGAUGUAAUAAUUUAGUACCAAUGUUUUUAUAGGUAGGCAUAUGCUUAUCUUUUAGUUUUCUUUCUGAGAUUUAGAAAAGAAUGCUGUUUUUUAUUUAGCUGUAAUAAUUUAGGAUCAAUGUUUUUACAGGUCCUUUAUGAUGUCUUUUAUUAAAUAAGUAGUGCCAUUUUUAUGUUGUAAAUCACAAAAUGACAUACUGCUUAGCAAUAUAAAAAUUCUACUAGUGUAAAAAUAAAAGAAACCAUUUUUAAAAAAAAUAUUCUAUUACAUCUUAACUCUUAGUUGAAUGUUUGUCUUUAGAAAUAAAGCUAAAUGGACUAUGUGACUUAUUCAUUUUAUAAUUGUUUUUUACAAUUUCCGAUAAUAAAACUGUUAAAAUAAUGUUAAAUCCUACUUUUGAGACAGCUAGUAUGACUUGUCUGUUUUUUAAAAGUAUGAUUAUCUUACCCUGCAUUGUUUGUGAUAAAAUGUUUGAAAUAUUUGCUCAAUUACUUUUAGAUGUGUGCUGGAUUUAUCUCAUGUUAACUUUGAUUUUGGAUUGCGAUGUAUUGGAUUGUUAGCCUGUGUACUUUUAUUUAAUCAGUGUUUUUACUGCAUAAUAUAUUUAUUCUGAAUUUUCUCUUAUAAUUUGGGUGAAUACCUUAAGGCAUUAUUUUGGUGGAAAGAAGGGAGCUGGGGGCAUUUCUUCAAAGAAUAAUCGGUUUUUAUUUUAAGCUGUUCUGUUCACAUCGUUAUGUGUUCUCUUCCCAAGUUUUAGACAUGUUUUUAUUUAAGUUUAAGUGAAAAUGGCAUUACACUCAUAAAACUAUUUUAGUUGUUUUUUUAACUUUACACUAAAAUUCUACAGGUAAAUUGCAUAAAUGUAUCCAAUAAUGAUAAUUUUAUUUGUUGCACUGGGCUAAUUAGUAAACUGAUAAUAUAUUUUUAUCAUGUAUUUUAUGAACAUGUAUAUAUUUGUUUUAAUUGGGAGAUAAAUUACCUAAUAA